AUGGCGCGGUUCGGCCACCAGUGGCGCAGAAAGCAGGUGGUGCUGCCACGAGAACAGAUCCUGGGCAACGUGCAGCUCAGUGACCGCCUGGCCAAGUUGGCAAGAGAGCAGGUGCAGAGCAGGGAGAAGGAGGCAGAGGAGCCCAUCGAGUGCUCCAGCCCUCGCUUUCCGGAUCCCAAGAACGCCGUGGCCAAGUUUCUGACCAGCGCUUGCCUCCCCAGUGGCUACGCGGCCGCAUGGCGCCGCAUGACGGAGUCGCCACGGACGCCCGUGCCGCCCACGUUGCCGCCAACGCCGGACUGGGAGGGCGCCUGCUGCAUCGUGGAAUCUGCGGGAAGCUUGGUGCUCCACCUGAGCGAGGAGAAGACGGAGAAGGUGCCGCCCCGGACCUGGCUGCUACUGGAGCCGGGGGAGGAGCGAUCCGAGCCCAAGGAGCUCCAGCAUUUCGUCACCAAGAACAACACCUGCCUCCUCGCCAACAGCGCCGGGGGCGGCUGGCUUCAGGUGCAGAACCAGCCGGGCAUUAGCUUGCUGCGCGCGGUGCCAGAGAAGCGGCUCCACGGGCCCGCAGCGGAGGCCAACUUUGGGCGCGCCGCCAGCGGUCAAUCCGUGGUGGCACUCCGGCACGCAGCGCUGGCGCUAGAACUCCUGAAAAACCGAACGCCGCCCUUUGACGGUCUCACCCGUCGAGUUCGCUACGCGUUCCCACCGCAACCGGUGAAGGAGUCGGUGCUGCCGCUGGUGCCGCUGAAGGGCCUGCCGCAGCGCCCGCUGAGCCCGCAGCAGCCCCCGCCCUGGCCCCAGUUCUUGACGCCGGAGGAAGCCUCCGAGCCUCGUUGGGCGGAGCCCUCUUCGCCCUCUUCGCCCUCUUCGGCCCGCCCGUCCAGCCGGGCCAGACCAGACACAGGAGACUCUACAACAGCGCGCUCGGCUAGAUUGGAGGCCUUGGUCACCUCCCGCGCCUCCGCCUCCGAGCGCUGCGCGGAGUCCGCCAGGGCUUGGCGGGAGAGUUGCUACGAGAACAUUGUGGAGGAAGAUGAGGAGAAGCGCCUCCCGCAAGCUCAGUCAGUGAUGCAGAAAGGCUUCCACGCUCUGAUGGAGUUCCUGGAUUUUACCAAUCGACGCUAUGGCAACCCUGCGAGGACCUGGUUCAUCCUAGACUCCGAGGCAAACAUGAAGCUGGGUAUGCGUCAGUUCGAGCGGAGAUGCAUGGAUAUCGGCUUCCGCGGCAACAUUCCCGCUCUUUGGAAGUACAUGGACAAGAGGAACACUGGUGUAGUGAGUUUGCUGGAUCUUCACAGCGUCACUGCCAUGGAGCUGGCACGCUUCAAGCUCCUGAUCCGGGAGCGCUUCAGGGACGCCUCCGCGGAAGCCUUCCGCUUCUUGGACGACAACCGCAGCGGCCGCGUGAACCGGGUGACCUUCGCGGCGCGGCUGCAGACCUUGCGCUACGCCGGCAAAGCAUCUAAGCUUUUCGACUACCUGGACCGACAAGGCCUGGGGAUUCUCACCGUACACAGCCUUACCUUCUUGGACCGCUGGAUGCUCCCGCCCUACAUGUAUUAUCAGCCUGACGUCAGAGGCGUACGGGUUGUCAAGGAGAAGCUGUUGGACUUGCAUCAGCAUGCUCUUAUUGCGUGGCGGAAGAUUGACAAAGAUGGCAGCAUGCGGAUUUCUUAUGAUGAAUUCCGGGGCUACAUCUUCGACAUGCUGAGCGGCAACAAGGCGCAGGUGCAGACCACCGCCAACUUCCCCCGCAGCGACGCAGAGAUCGCGGCGGUGUGGCGCGCCAUGGACAAGGACUGCACGGGAUACAUCCAGUUGCGAGACUGGGACUCCAAGAGCCACCUGAGCCUUUCGGAGUUUAAGACAUGGGCUGAGAGGACCCACGGCACGGUGACUGCGGCCUUUAGGGCCUUGGACGUCGGCGGCAAUGGAGUCACCUCCAACUGCAAGCUGUCCCUCACCGAGCUGAAAAAAUGUACGAAGGGUCCUGACGGAUGCAAGGCGGAGGUGGAGUUCCUGUUUGAUGGCCUGGAUGUGAACCACGCCUGGUCCCUCAGCGAGGCCGACGUGAAGUUCCUGGACUUCUGGGACCUCUCCUGGGCACCGGCCUCAGAAGCUCGGGGCUCGACGUGGCGAGGAGUGGCAGGAGGGAGCGAAGAAGCGGCGCAGCAGUUCGGAGUGAGCCGCGAAGGAGCUGCCCCUGGUGUCAUUUGGCUCGGGCCAGGAUCUCGGGUUGACCCUGGGCUGUCGCGCACGCUGCCGGGCCGGAGUUGCUGGAAGACCCAGCGAAGUGGCGGGAACACCAAGCGCAUCUUGAAGGGCUGCCCCAUCACUGAAUCCCCGGGCACCGACCAGACCGCCAAAGACGCUGGCGCAGAGCAGGCGCAGGCGGAGCCCGAGGCGGUGAAGCCCCCUGAGGAAAAGUCUUUGCCGCCCAUUGAGUUGGCGCGCGGAGAUGUAGCAGCCAUCGACGGGCUCAAGGCUGGGGAGCUGAACGGCCAGACAUGCACGCUCUGGCGCCGGGAUGAAGGCUCGGGACGAUGGGAGGUGAAGCUGCCAGAUGGCGAGGUCAAGGCAUUAAAGCCUGCCCAUCUGGUCUUCAGAAGCAUAGGUCCCAUCGAGGACGACGGAUCGCUGACCUUGAUCGGCAUGGCCAGCGAUCAUCAAACCAUCCACCGGGUGUUGGGCAACGUGCGGGACUUGAUCCGAGGAGGCAGCGAGGCCUUGGCACUGGGCAGCUCGGUGGUGUCGCCCAUGGGCGGCCGGAAUGCGCAGGGGGAAGAGGCUCGCAUUUGGCUGAAGCUUGCCAAGCAAGCUGAGCAGCGGGUCAAGGGCUCACUGGAAGAGCUGCAGAAGAAUGUGGAGCAGGUCGAUGGCAUCGAUGCCUCCCGCUAUGGGCCCAAGGCCGCUGCAGAGAUCCGCCUGGCGCGGAAGGACUUGGUGCAGUUCGUGCAGAAGGCGCAAGAACAGCUCGAGACGGGCCACCAGCGGCUGCGCAUCGUUCUGAAGCACCUAGUCGCUACGGUGCCGCCUUUGCCCAAGCACAUGGCGGAGGAGGAGUCGCUGCACGAGAAGUACCGCGCAGCCUUCGAGAAACUGGAGGAGGCUGCGGCCAUGGAUAUCAAGAGCACCAUCAAGAAGACCGAACUCGGUCCCAUCACGGUCAAAUUUCAGGGCAGAGGUGAGAACCCUCCGCCCUCCGACAACCUCUACGUGAAAGGACUGCCAGGCUGGAUCAGCGAGCAGGAUUUGGAGGCAAUCUUCUCAGAGGUGGGUGACAUCCAGAGCAUGAAGUUGAAAUCCGCCGACUGGGGCGCCAUCGCCUUUGUGAGGCUGGCCAACAAGGGCCAAGCGCAGCGCGCCAUUGAGACUUACAACGGCAUCGUACCUCCCGAGCUGGAGAGGAAGGCAGAGGAGGUGGACGCCAAGAGGCUGACCGCUGAGAUCACCAAGGGCAUGCUGCGAGCCACAGUCGAUCAGCUGGCACGAGGUGUCAUGGUGAUGGUGGACCUCCGCCGGCCCUUGGGCUGUGUGUUCAGUGACAACCUGGUGACCAGAACCGUGCCCGAGGACGGCCAGGCCUUUGAGCUGGGGAUUCGGCCCAACUGGCGGGUCCGCGCCAUUGGAGGCGUGAAGCUGCAGAAGAGCUCGGAGCUCAAGGAUCGCAUCUCCAAGCUAAAGACGGAGGCGGGCCGCGGGGGCAGCAAGGAGGUGACCAUGGUCUUCGCGCCGCCCCCCAUCGUGGCCUCUUUUGCCAAGCGACCCUUUGGCUUCACUGUGGCUAAGGACCCCGAGUUGGGCCUCAUCUACGUGAAUGCCUCCAACGGCCUCACUCGGGCUCAGGGUGUUCGUCCUGGCGCCCUGCUCUCCAACGUAGGUGGUACCGACGUCAGCGCUUUCAAGAUUGAGCAGGUCAGAGACAUGCUCCUGAAGGCAGACACCCCCCUGACGGUGCACUUUGAGCAAGCCCGCGGUCUUCCCAACACUGUGACUGGCGUCCUCCACCCGGUGCCAGACGAGGAGAUGCCGGCGCCGCCCCCUGAGGAGCCAGUCGACGAGGGUCCGCUGGUGAAUCUGCCGCCGGUGGAUUUGGACAUUGACCUGUCUUUGCCCCUGGGCAUCGUGUGGGGCAGCCGCCUGGUGGUGGAGAGCGUGCAGAAGGGCUCCCAGGCGGCGCGGCUGGGCAUCGACAAGGGCUGGCAAGCGCUGGGCCUGGCGGGGGAUGAGCUGAACAGCCAGAAGGAGCUGGAGAAGAAGCUGGAGGUCUUCAAGUCAGAAGGCUCCCUGGGCCAGUCCAUGAUGUUCCAGCCUGCGCCGGUGCUUGCCUCCAAAGCACGUGAGUUUGGCGCCAACCAAGCGGCGGCGCUGCUGCGGGAGCGCGCGGCCAUGUUGGAGCGGGAGGCGGAGGAGGCUAAGCAGAACAUGCGCUCGGUGCAGCUGGAGCUGGACAUCUCGCAGCCCCUGGGGAUUUUGUUCAACAAGUUCCUGGAGGCGGACUCGGUGAGUCCAGGCUCACAAAGCGCGAAGCUCGGAGUGCAGCCGGGCUGGCGCGCCGUGUCAUUGGCAGGCGAAACCUUCAAGCUCACCGCGGAGCUUGUGGCCAAAAUCCAGGCGCUGAAGCAGGAGGGCGCCGGCAUGGUGACGGCGGUCUUUAUGGCGCCCGAGACCGUCAGCGUGGACGAGAAAGAGGAGGAAAAGGAACCGGAGGUGCAGGAGAUGGAGGUGACAGUUACCUUAGACCUCAGCCAGCCCCUGGGCAUUGGCUUCCGAGACAACUUGGAGGCGAAAGAGGUCAAGGAGAAUGCCCAAGGCGCAAAGUUAGGCAUCGUUUCGGGCUGGCGUCUGCUGACUCUGAACGGGGAGACUCUGAGCAACAGUAAAGAGCUGGUGGCCAAGAUCAAGGGGCUGAAGAGCUCGGGCGCCAGCUCGGCGAGCUCCAGCUGGCGAGGCUUCAAAAGACCUGCGGAGGAUGCGAAGGAGCAAGAACUCCUGAUGGACGCCAGCGAGCCCUUGGGCGCCGUCUUCUCGGAAGACUUAGUCUGUCAGGAGAUCCCGGCGGCCUCGCAGGGCGAGCGCCUUGGUUUGGGACUGCAGUGGAAGCUGCUGAGCAUUGGAGGGGAGGCCAUCGUGACCUUGAAGGAUUUCGAGGCCAAGAUGGAGGCUUCGAAGGCCAGCAACGCGAAGGUCCAGCUGCGCUUUCAGCUCCCUGGAGGCUCUGCCAAGCGCCAGCGCACAGGAUAGGAGGGCCGGACAAUUC